AUGGCGAAAUACCAGUUCUUAUGUUUGGUCGUUGUAGCUGCCUUGGGUACAGAACCAUGUCGCAGCCAAAAUUCAUUGCAAGAUACUAAGAUAGAAGAACUCACACCUCCUAAUCUCCUGAAAGAAGUAGAAGACAACAGCAGAUAUAAAACUCUAGAAGCUAACGCUACCCUCUUGAAACUACUGGUGGACGAUAAAGAUGGAGUAAGCAGGUCAGAAGUAUUCGAUAUGUUACAUUCAAAAGAUGACACCCACGAGAAUCUCGUGCUGCCAACGUUUCCUGAGGACGCUGAGGAAGGUCGGGUUGACGUACCUGUCGUACCUGACUCGCAAGCAGAGUUCCUUCAAGAAGCACCUGUUCGUAAAACUUCACCUCGAAGGACCUAUGCAGGAGUUCGCGGUGAGCCGAUCGGUACAGACGCUGGUAUCAUGGUCGCUAUCACUGUUGGCAUUGUCGUUGUAGCCUACACUGCACUCAUUAUAUGGAGACGGAUAUACUUAAAGAAGAAUGGUUUAAAACAUGAACUUCUACGUAACGAAGAAGUUGUUGCAGAGACGAGAAUCGAGUUA